AUGGUCGACAUCGUCCCCGUCUCGUCGUACCCAUCGCACAUCUCCCUCCUCCCGUCGAUCCAACAAUGCAACCUGACGAACCUUCCCGAGAACUACUUUCUGAAAUACUACCUCUACCACGCGCUGACAUGGCCGCAACUGUCCUUCGUGGCGGUCGUGCGGGGCGCGGGCUCCAAACCAGGCCGGUACCCGAAAGUGGUGGGCUACGUGCUCGCGAAGAUGGAGGAAGACCCGCCGGACGGGGUGCAGCACGGCCACAUCACGAGCCUGAGCGUGAUGCGGACGCACCGGCGGCUGGGGAUCGCGGAGAAGCUGAUGCGGAUGAGCCAGCGGGCGAUGGCGGAGGUGUUCAACGCCAACUACGUCAGUCUGCACGUGCGCAUGUCCAACACCGCGGCGCUGCACCUGUACCGCGACACGCUGGGGUUCGAGGUCGAGAAGGUCGAGAGCAAGUACUACGCCGACGGCGAGGACGCAUAUGCCAUGCGCAUGGACCUCACGGGCAUGCAGCUCAAGAGUCUGCCCGAGGACGACGAGGACGAAGGGGACGGGGUCGGGUCGCUGGGCAAGAAGGGGGAGGAGGAUGCUCACGCCGGCGAGGCGGUCAAUAAUGGCGGCGAGAAGGAUGCGAAGAAGGAGAAGAUGGUCAAGGUCAAAGUCGGGCGUGGCUUGGGGGUCGGGGAUCUGGUGGAGAGGAACGAGGGCUCGACCAACGCACAGUAUUGA